AUCUGUGCUGGUUUGUGUUUGGAUUUUAGACCUCUUUUUACUCCUCUGUACUAAUGCCUUAAUUGUUUCAUUAGUUUGGAGCUAACUCACGGAGCUACCACUGCGCAGCAGCCUGCGAUCAAGCGCAUCGUAAUCAUUGUUCAAGCACUGGGUCUGACACUGGAUCUCAAAGUGGUAACAAACCGUUGGGACUUCGCCAGGUAUGUCCGGGUGGCAACACUUUGGAAUCACGGCGUGGUCACCAGAAUCAAUGAUGGUUCCGCUUUCAUCGGCAACACAGAUCUCGAGGUGGGCAACCCGGGAUAAGAUACCGCAAGCUAUAGUAAUUCUAUCGAAAACGACACCAUCGCUUCCGGCGUUUUCUUCUUCGUAGCACUUAUAGGAGAACAAAUUUUCCUUGAAAGCGUAGAAUACAGAAUGCACACCACCCCCAUCGCUCCACUCCGCAUUCGUGAUUGGGACAGUCCAAUGCUGCCCCAAAUCAACGGUUACAGCAGACGGUUCUUGUCCGAUGAUUUGAAUGCCUCGGUAGUUUUCGGGAAAGGGUGUAUUGCCGUCUUGUUUCAAGAGCCUGAUGUCGUCGGGACACGCAGUGGUUUGGAUGGAUUCGUCCGGAGGAAAUUCGCUGGGUGCGACCGUGCCGCUCGCUUGGACGGAAGGCUCCGUCGUGUGCACGCCGAGCGGUCCUUCGGGGCCGAAGAGGUCGAUUCCGUCUUUGCACGCUUCGCACCCACCCCCGUCGGCUUUCACGCCGUUGAAUCCUUUGGGCGAAGCGUCAUAGCACACCCUAUUGCUCAGUGCGCGGAUCGGAACGUCUGCGUGCUGCGGCAGGGCAAUGCAGUCCUGGCCGAUCGCGAGGGUCUUCAUUUUGUCGCACUGGUCUUCUGUCACGACGUAAUAGCUUCCGUUCUUGCUGGGCUGUUUCGAGCAGAUGCGCUCGACGCCGGGGCAGAUGUAGAUAUUGUUUCCACACUUGAAGGAUCCGGCGGAAGGAGAGUCGAUACCACAGGAACAGUCGGUCUGUGCCGUCACCAAACCAAGGAAGUUCGAUGCAACGGCUGCUAUGAGUCCGAGUUCGAAUACGAAAAGGUGCAUGGUUUGGUUUGUUUGUACAGCUUCUGUCGUGCUCCCAACGUACUAGUACCAGUCGAUGCCUUGUAGUUGUAGGAUGUUGUUGUUUGUUGUCUCGUGAGACAAAUAUUGUGCGCUUCCGCAAUGGCACGAAAAAGCACACAUAUUUUUCCCGAGUUGCAAACGGAACGCGUACCAAGUACGAUUGCCGCCGAGCGAGAUGUCAACACAACC